CCAGCAGAGGGAGGUAAGAAGCAGAAACUGUUCACAGCAGCUUCAAUUCACAGCAGAACAGGUCGAUUUACGGCUGUUUGGAUCUGCCGUAAAGCGGAACGCGUGGAAACGGAGGAAGGUUAAAGUGACUCUGACAAACACGCAUCAUGCCGUUCGUGGACAUCCAGUCCCGGCUGGGUAUAAACGUGGACCGCUGGCUGCUGCUGCAGAGCGGAGAGCAGCCCAACAAGCGAGCGGCUCGCUGCCACGCCUUCGAGAAGGAGUGGAUCGAAUGUUCCCACGGCAUCGGACAGACCCGAGCCAAGAAGGAGUGCCAGCUGGAGUUUGAGGAUUUCUACGAGUGCAUGCACAGGCAGAAGACGCACGAGCGGCUUCAUGCCAUCCGUCAGCAGCGCGACAAGCUGGUGAAGGAGGGAAAAUACACGCCGCCGCCGUGUCACACCGGCAAGACCGACGAGUCCCCGUGAGGACACGGCUGCUCUGUUCCUGUGUGUAAUAUAAUAUAAUCAGUUAUCACUAUUCCUCACUGUUUCCUGUUUGCAAAUAAAUGUUUCCAUCCCCACUUUA